AUGGAGGCGCAGGGCCAAGACAAGGCUGCUGCCGGGCAGGUGGAGGGCCUGCGGCGAAUUAUGGGCGAGGUGGCCCAGCUCCCCAGCGAGGCCCUCCUCAACUUCUUCGCCGCCAACCCCGAGCUCCAGGCGCACCUGGCGGCAUCGUCGCCCUCGAGCUUCACCACGAUGGCGGCAUCGACGACGACCACGAAGCAGCGGAGGGUGGUGCCCGAGUUCGGGCAGGUGCCGACGGAGAUCUGGGAGCGCAUCUUCCUCUUCAUGGGCGUCGCGGGCGUGGCCAAGAUGCGCACCCUCUCCACCACGUGCGCCCGCAUCGGCUCCUCCAUCCUCGAGCGAGGCGGCACCACCACCACGACGAAGGAGAAGAGCAACAACAACAUCGAUAGAGAUGUUAAAGUGAUAGAUGAAGAAGUGCAGAUGGAGAAAGGAGAGAUGAGCGAGGAGAAGAAGAAUGUCAAAGAUGGUGUGAAGAAGAAAGUAGAGGAGGAUGAAGACGAGGCACGACUGACGGCGCUGGUCAAGAGGGAGAAGCAGAAGCGCAGGCGAGGCGAGGGCCUCUGGGAGCCGCACAUGCGCGACAGCAUCCUGGCGCGCGCCCGGACGGCCACCAUCGACCAGUGGGCCGCGCUGAGCCGCAACAAGCGUCUGUGGCGCAGCGUGCGCGGGUGCCCGGCCACCAAGCGGCGCCUGCUCCAGGCCCUGCAGGACUUCUUCCACGUCGACGAAGGCUCCAGCAAGUGGACCUCCCUCUUCCGUUCUUCUGACAAAGAGAAGAAGGUGCGGCUGCCGUCGAUCAAGAGCCUGCAGACGGUGCUUGAGGUGUGCAAGUCGCCGGCGCUGCUCGACGUCAUCCUCGAGAUGCCGAUGAGCUUCAUCGCCAAGUGCCUCCACCUGCUCAAGGGCGCCAAGGCCUCGCGCGGCGACUUUGCCAUCAUCGGCCAGCUGGCGCUGAGUCGGUCGCUGCCGGGCGGGAUCGUGGCCGAGUGCGGCGAGCUGCUGGCCAACGGCGGGCUGAGCCGCGGGGCCGGCGUGAAAGACAUCGGCGUGGUGCUGGCGCUCAAGCAUCGGUGGUGCGAGGACUGGCUCAUCGACACCCUCAAGCGACUCGUUCCCAAGGCCGACGUGGACAUGGUGAGCCAGAUCGCGUACCACGAGGGCAUGGUGCCCACGCAGUCGGCCGAGCUGCACGCGGCGAUCAAGAAGCGGCUGGUGGGCAUCCUGGCGACGGCCAACUUCCAGGACGUGCAGUACCUCAAGGACUGCCAGUUCGAGUUCGAAGGGUGGAAGAGCCAGGAGGCGAUCGGGGAGCGGCUGGGGCAGCUGGUCAAGCAGCACGCGUACUCGCUGGGCCACUUCAACUGCAGCUGGCUCUGGCACCAGAACCACCCGCGCACGGCCGCCAGUAGCUACUCGCCCACAUCGCAGCAGCAGCCGCAGCUGCGAAGGAGGAGGCUGACAUCGGUCGAGAAGCAGUUCGACCGCUUCCUCAUGGCCACGCGGUCGGCCGAGGCCGCACAACAGCACUCCGCGGAUCCGGGCUUCGACCAUCACCAGCAACACAACUGCGCCGGCGCCGGUAGGAAAGUGGGUUUCCUGGCGCCGGGCUUUCUCUACUGGGCGCCACCCAGCCGACGCAACGCCACCAGGGCCGUCAACCCGCAGAAGCACUUCGCCAAGGCCAUCGAGCGGCUCACGCCCGACGACGCCUUUGACUCCCUCCACCCUGCCAAGGGAAUGGGAAGCUGUGGUGUAGAGAGGAUGGUGGCCCUGCUCGAUCGACGAGGCCUCGUCGGCAGCGGGCGCGACGACGUUGUGCGGAAGCCGAUCAUCGACAAGCUAUGCGAGUUCAUGCGCACCUGCACCACUGUCGACCUCGAGAACCUCUGCUGCGACAGCAGCCUCGUGCGGCUGACGCCCGUCUUCCACGAGCUGGUCGACCGACUGGUGGCUGCGCUGACCACGUUCGAGACCCUGGAGCUGGUGGUGCGGCUGCGGCAGUCGUGGGUCGAGUGCGUGCUCGACGCCGCGCCGGGCGGCCUCUUGGCGCGGCGCGUGCUGGAGCGGCUCGACUUGUCGUACCACAUCGCCAACGCCGACGCCACGUGCAUGGUGGCGCUGCUGGCCAGCGCGCGGCUCUACGGGUUCGUGCGGUGCAAGCGGCGGCACAUGGGCGAGGCGGCGGUGGCGCUCAAGCGGCUCAUCUCGACCAUGGUCAACGUCGAGGAGCUGGUGUGCCUGCUCGUGCGGCCCGAGGUGGCGCGGGCCGUGCGCGAGCUGGACAGCGACCAGUGCCGGCUGGUGCAGGCCGUCGACGAGAAGCUCACCAUCCAUCUGGUGCCGCUGGCCAGCAUCACCUGCCUGCGCCUUCUCCACAACCUCGUCCUCAGCAGCAGUAGUAGCCCUGGGACUGACUCUGACGACGCCGCGCCACCACCGAUCGUGAAGAUGAGCGAUGAGCUGCGGGCGGCGAUCCUACAUCGGCUUUUCAUGCUCAUCGCCGAGUGUCGAUCGCUGGACGACCUCAACGACAUCGUCGGCGAGUACGACCCCGACAGCCCGCGCCUCCACCCCGGCAGCGACGAGCCGCUGCGGCAUCUGGGGUUCUUCAAUGAGCGCGAGCGAGACGCGCUGUGGGGCGAGAUGAUGGCGGAGAGCCGCGCGCUGCAGGAGUCGAUCAUGGCAGCGCUGGAGAACGUGGCCAGCGCGGGCAUGCCGCGGCGCGACCUGCGGCGGCUGCCCAACUGUCCGUGGAUGUGGCACCAGGUCAACGAGCGCGAGCCGCUCAAGUUCUUCCUGCUCCAGCAGAGCCUUCUCGCCAUCGACGACGACGCCGCCCCGGCCUCGCCCACCUCUCCCACUUCUUCUUCGUCGUCGCCUGGCCAUUCGAUGAUGAUGACGACAGGACCCUGUUCGCCGACUCGUGGGCGCCGAGGCACUGCUGUUUGA